AUGAACACGGAGGAGCAGUUCUACUCCCCAGCCCAGAUCUACAAAGACUCCUGCGCCUUUCAGAGGGGGCAAGGGCAGGAUUACAGCCCCAGUCCCCCAGCAUGCCUCUACGUGGGGAGACAGCAGCCGGCCACCUACUCCAACCCAAUGCUUGGUCUGGACCCAGGAAGCCCCCCAGAUAUUUCUCCCUACGAGGUGCCACCCAUAUCAGAAGAUCCCGGUGUACCCCACCUGCACCACCAUCAUCAUCACCAUCAUCACCAUCAUCCAGGAAUCCACCAGCAGCAAACAAUCCCAUUCCCAGAGGAAAGAGAGCCUGGACUCUUAGAGGAACGGAACCGGACCGUUUUACCUUUCCCAUGGAUGAAAUCAACCAAAUCACACACCUGGAAGGGGCAGUGGGCAGGUGGCUCCUACAUGAUGGAACAAGAAGAGAAUAAGAGGACACGGACAGCGUACACAAGAGCUCAGCUCCUGGAGCUGGAGAAAGAAUUCCUCUUUAACAAAUAUAUCUCGAGACCAAGAAGAGUGGAACUGGCCGUCAUGCUCAACCUGACCGAAAGACACAUAAAGAUAUGGUUCCAGAACCGCCGUAUGAAGUGGAAGAAGGAAGAAGACAAGAAGAGAGGGAGAGGAAGUGAUCCAGAACAAGACUCUGUGGUAUCUUCUGGAGAUGUCAUAAAAGAGGAAUGUAUGGGGAACACUCAGCCCACCAGGGACUUAGUGCUUUCUCCUCCUCUACCAACCUCGUCAUCCUCACAAGUCAACUCUAUGUCAUCGUCCGGAUCACUCAGACAGCUGGAAAAACGAUAG